CCUAAAAGCUCUUAUUGGCUCUAAUGAUUUAUUAUCCAGCUGCUCGUACAAAAAACUAUAGUGGAGCGGAGCUUGAAGGUGUUGUGAAAACUGCAGUAUCAUUUGCUUUGAAUAGACAGCUAAGCAUGGAUGAUCUUACGAAACCAGUGGAUGAAAAGAGCAUUAAGGUUACAAUGGAUGAUUUUCUGAAUGCACUCCAUGAGAUUACUCCUACAUUUGGAGCUUCCACUGAUGACCUUGAGCCGUGCAGAUGAUGUUUUCAGCUGAAAUAUGUAAAAUUCUUCAGUUCUUCUAAUUACACUUAUUUUUACCUUCUUUAUAUAUAUUUUGAUUGAUGUGUAACCAUUAGAGUAUAAACAGUAUCUGGUAUAAACAGAUCUGCAUAGCUAAAUCCCUCAGAAUCAGGAGCAUAUUUGUAUACGGUUAUAACUGUCCUAGACUCUAGGCACAAGGUUAGCUAAGUUAUGAUUCUGAUAUGGUUCUUUUGUAUAUAUAUGUGCAGUGACAUACAUUAUGAACUAAUAAGAAACAUUCAGCAAUUUA